AUGUCAAUAUUGAAGUUUGAUUCAUAUGAUGAUGUAAUCAAACGUGCAAAUGAUACACCUUAUGGUCUAGCUGCUGGUGUCAUAACAAAAGAUUUAUCGCGUGCUUUACAACUAGUUGAACAAUUGCAAGCUGGUUCAGUAUGGGUGAAUCAAUAUAGUCCUUUGCAGCUUCAAGCUCCAUUUGGUAGUUUCAAACAAUCUGGUCAUGGACGUAAAUUAGGACGAUAG